AUGCUGAGCGCAGCAGGAGGUGUCCUGAUUUCUGUUGCAACUAUUGAGGUUGUGCUGGGAGUUUUAGGGAAUUCGAUCAUUAUGCUUGCAAACUGCAUGGACUGUGCCAAGAACAAGAAGCUCUCCAAGAUUGGCUUCCUUCUCACUGGCUUGGUGACUUCCAGGAUUUUUAUCAUAUGGAUAAUAACUUUAGAUGCAUGUACAAAGGUAUUCUUUCCUACUACGCCUUGGUUUAGCAGUCUGACUGAAAUUAUCAGUUACAUAUGGGUGACUGUGAAUCACAUGAAUAUCUGGUUUGCCGCCAGCCUCAGCAUCUUCUAUUUCCUGAAAAUAGCAAACUUUUCACACUGCGUAUUUCUCUGGUUGAAGAGAAGGACUGACAAAGUGCUUUUCUUUCUAGUGGGGUACUUGCUAAUCUCAUUGCUAAUCUCCUACUCACUCGUUGUGAAGAUAAUGAGGGAUAAUAAAAUGAAGCAUAUAAACAGAACUAGGGAGAUCUACCUGGAGAAAAGGGAAUCCAUUAUUAACUACGUUUUAGUCAAUAUUGGAAUCAUUUCUCUCUUUAUGAUGACCCUAACUGCAUGUUUCUUUUUAAUAAUUUCUCUUUGGAGACACAGCAAGAGAAUGCAAUCUAAUGUCUCAGGAUACUGGGACCCCAACACAGAAGCUCAUGUGAAAGCCAUGAAAGUUUUGAUUUCUUUCAUAUUCCUUUUCAUCUUUCACUUUGCAGGUAUUUUAAUAGAAAUCAUCUGCAUAUUUCUAUUAAACAUAUUUCAGAACAAAUUGCUCUUUAUUUUUGGUUUCACAAUGUCAUCCAUGUAUCCAUGCUGUCACUCAUUUAUUCUAAUUCUAACAAGCAGUUGGCUGAAGCAAGCCUCCAUGAGGGUACUGAUGGGGUUAAAAUGCAGAAAUGAAAAUAACUCAGAACCAUGUGACAGUCUGGAAUAA